UCUUGCAACUGAUGCAAAAAAGAUGACGAUGACGGUAACAUCAGCUAAGCCUCAGCCUUUGCUCUGCACCAACUACUCCUUUCUUUCAACCAAAGCAUUCAAUUCAAAGUUGUUUUAUCGCCGAUUGCACAAUUCAGCCAUCAAAUUCAAUAGCCAAACAUGGCCUAAACAAAAUCCGCCACAUUUGAGUCCCAUCGUUUGCCGCGCGGCUCGCCGCAAACCCACCGUAGCUGAUGCUACUACCGCCUCUGUAGAGGGCAAUGAUACAGUACGGCGGGUGCUACAGUUUUCUCUCUGGACUGCCGAAGCUGUUUACAUUUUGUGGCUCUUCCUACUUCCCUUUGCUCCAGGAGAUCCAGUGUGGGCUAUCAGCUCAGAAACAGUGAAUUCCCUUGUGGGCCUUUCUCUCAAUUUCUUCUUUAUCUUGCCAUUGACAAAUGCUGUUGGAAUUCGUCUAAUUGAUGCUCCAGUUCUUCAUCCAAUGUCUGAAGGAUUGUUCAACUUUGUAAUCGGAUGGACCUUCAUGUUUGCUCCCUUAUUAUUCACAGAUCGAAAGAGGGACAGAUACAAGGGUUCUCUUGAUAUUUUAUGGGGUUUGCAGAUGUUCCUUACCAACACAUUCUUAAUCCCUUACAUGGCAAUACGGCUGAAUGAGGCUGAUGCCGACUAUAUUCAAAGAAAACGCUCUCAACUAGGCUCCGUGAUGACAAAUGGUGGGCCCAUUGUAGGACUUGUUGGCGGAGCUGUAUGUCUGAUAUCUGUGCUUUGGGCCCUCUAUGGUCGAAUGGAUGGAAAUUUUGGCAGCAUAACAGACAGAUGGGACUUCCUGGUUAGUUAUCUUGGAUCAGAAAGGUUGGCUUAUGCCUUCAUAUGGGAUAUUUUUCUUUACAUAAUUUUCCAGCCUUGGUUGAUAGGUGACAACCUGCAAAAUAUUCAGACAGGCAAGGUGGGUAUAGUGAAUUAUCUUAGAUUUGUGCCUGUGGUUGGUUUAAUUGCCUACCUUCUCUUUUUGAACCUUGAUGAGGAACUAUAG